CAGCCGUCCCCCACCGAUCGUGACAACUCCAGUCCAUUAUAUUAUCAUAGUCAGUGGAUAAACCUAAAUCGUGAUCUACACCCCGACGUCACGGUAAUUCGAACGCCUUUAUAUUAUAUUGUUUACCGAUCUGCGUAGAGUACAGUGUGAAUCUCAACGUCUUAGAUAAACGGAUACCGCGUCCACGCUCCGUCACGAGGCUUCGAGUCUGCACAAGUAAGACAAACGUCACCACGAAUUUCCUCUUUCCACGGUCUACGCAAACAAAACACGUGUUUCUCCUAUCAAAACACAUCUUUCGGUUCAAACAAGGUUCGGUCAUAAGACGAUUUCGCAUUCCAUUAAUCUCGGUAAACAACAAUCCGUCGUGUUAUUAAUUUUUAUGUUGGCCACGUGCAACGAAACACACAAAUUCAUCACUUAGAACUUGGAAGCACUAAAAGCAACGAUAACAAUAUGGAGUUGAAUUCUAUGCAAGUUGCCUUAAAUACUGUUAAGACAUUAAGAUGUGAGCUAAUGCAGCUUUUUAUUGGAAUUCAUGAAGGAGUAAAAGAUGAUGGUUCACAAACAGACUCAAAAAAUAAUCGUUAUUUGCAUUCUAUGAAUGAAAUGAUAGGAAAACUCGGACUCCGUAUGAGGGAUCUUGAGCAAGUUGUUGGGUCCUUGUMUAGUCCUCCAGGUGCUAUGUCAUUAUAUAACACAUCAUUUUUAACGCAAGAAAGCACAUCCGAUCGACAAGCAUUGUACAUUCCUCUCGUGUCUUCUCAUAAAUGGCUUGACAAAGUACAUAAGUUAAGUUCAAACGCUGUACAAAUUUUAAGUCAAAAUUCUUUAAAAAAAUCCUUUUACAACUCCAGUACAAAUAAAAAAAAACAACAGUCUAGUUUGCACAAUAUAUCACCACAAGCUGUUGAUGUAUUACUAACUAAUAUUAAUCGGAUGUUUCCUGACAUGAGUAUUACAAUAACAAGGCCCAGUGCAUCAAAUGUUAUUCUAUUGGUUGGUUUAAGUAAAAUUUUACAAGCCGUUAUAUCAUUUAAAGGACUUAGGAUUGAAUUGGUUAAUAUUAAAGGAUAUGAUGAGCCUAUUGAUCCUAAUAAUUUACAACAAGAGUUUUGGAAAGAUUCGAGAUAUCAUGUUUUUCGUGAAGUAACUGAUCAUGCUAAUUUAGCUGCUGCACAUUUUUAUUCACCAACAUUGCCAGAUUUUGCAGUUCGAUCAUUUAUGACUUGGCUCAAUAGUUAUUUGGUGUUAUUCAGUUCGACAUGCAAAACGUGUGGAAAAAUAGUGCGUAAAGGAUAUGUAGCAACUUGGAGGGAUCUAAGAUCGUUAGAAACAUACCAUUAUGAAUGUUAUACAGCAUAAUUUUAUA